AUUAUUCAUUCCGUUUUCUGAAUUAGGACGUCUAGUUUUCGCUUUUUUUGUAUGUUUUAAUUAAAUUGAGUUUUCUUUUCUUUAAUUAUACAAGAAUGCCGUGAUAAAACAAUCUAACAUUAAACUUGAUUAUAGGAACGUAGAUUCAGUAGCUUCAAUUUUUAGAUAUAACCUUAAAAUUAGUCAUCGUUCAAAUAAGAGUAUACCCUUCUUAUUUGUAUUUUCUAUUUUCAAGUAUUUUAUUAUGCGAUGAAUUAAAUUUUGUUACUUUCAAAUAUAUAUGUGUUCAUUAAACAAUGACAACGUCUUCGUCGAAGAUCUACUAAUCUGAUUUUAUUUGCAAGUACAUAGCUGACGAAUGAGCAAGAAACCCAACUGUAUUUCAAACCAGAUUAAGUCACUUAGAAUAAGCUUAUCCAAAGAUGACGUCGAUAUAUAAUUGGUACAGAGACCUCAUAGACAACAGAGGUGAUCCAAGAGUGAAGGAUUGGCCCAUGAUGUCUUCCCCAUGGCCAACAUUAGCUGCGUGCAUAAUAUAUGCUUAUUUCUGUAAAAAAAUCGGUCCUCAAAUGAUGGCUAACAGAAAAGCAUUCGAAUUUAGAAACGUAUUAAUUGUGUACAAUUUUAUACAAACAGUUUUUAGUGCAUGGAUAUUUUACGAGUACCUGAUGAGUGGCUGGUGGGGUCAUUACAACUUCACGUGCCAGCUAGUCGACUACUCACGUAGUCCUAUUGCUAUGAGGAUGGCGAACACAUGUUGGUGGUAUUACUUUAGCAAAUUCACGGAAUUCGCGGACACAGUUUUCUUCGUGUUGCGAAAGAAGUGGAAUCAAGUGUCAACAUUACACGUCAUCCACCACGGGAUUAUGCCCAUGUCAGUUUGGUUUGGGCUUAAAUUCGCACCCGGUGGUCACAGCACAUUCUUCGCACUGCUGAACACGUUUGUACACAUAAUUAUGUAUUUCUACUAUAUGGUGUCUGCCAUGGGACCGAAGUACCAGAAGUACAUAUGGUGGAAGAAGUAUCUUACAGCUCUCCAACUGGUGCAGUUUGUUAUGAUCUUCACACAUCAACUGCAAGUGUUGUUCCGACCCUCAUGCCAGUACCCUCGUAUCUUCGUCAUCUGGAUCGCGAUGCACGGCUUCCUCUUCCUUUUCUUGUUCAGCGACUUCUACAAGGCGCAGUACAUUAAGCCUGAGAAGAAAGCCAAGGCAGCCACUGGAUUGUGCAUGGCAAUAGACGAGAACAGCAGUGCCCAGAAUGGUUACAAACAAGAAGAGGGUUCGGAGGUGCCGAGUUCAUACGCGUCGUCAACAGACGCGUUCGUACGACGGCGGCCGGUUUCGUAGUGCUGUAUAUAUUUAGCUCUAUCGUUCAUAGGACCAUCUCGAAUAUUCCACGGCGACAAAAAGCCCUAGUUGACCUGAGACUGAUGUUUUACAUUAUAAAGAAGCAUAUAGUGAUUAUUCUAUGGUGCGAGUACCUCGGGUAGUAUAGACGAACAAGCUGCGGGUUCGCCCAUUGGGAUUAGUUGUAUGGGUCCGAUGGCCCGGUAUGUGUCUCGAAUAUGGUGUGGGUAAAUUUUCAUGCAUUCUUUAAUACUAUCGCACAUAACGAUUACUCUGGCACUAGAUUUCCGUGAACUUAUUUAAUAUUGAUAUGAAAUGCACGGAUAAUACUGAUAUUGAAUGUAUAUUAUUCACCUGUAAACUACCAACCUCAACAGAAAAGAUAGUCAAUGCACAAAGCGAGUCACAAAGUUGGUUUGAAAGUUGUCUAAUGCCUUACAUUUUUUUAAAAGUACAAAUAUUAAAAUACUAAGAGUAUUUAA